AUGCUGGGACAAACCUUCAAGAAGCCAUGCAGGACCGUCGUGGAGCGGGUGUCCGGAACCACAGUGUUCGUGAGAAACAAGAGGACGAAGAGCAAGAGCGCAAUGUCGCCCCUGGCGCAGAGAGUGGUCACGCAGCUGAGUGUGAUUUCAGCGAGCAGAAAACAGCCCAAGCUGCUGAAACUCUCGCGGGAGGAUUUGAUCAAGCACCAAACUAUCGAGAAGUGCUGGUCGAUCUACCAGCAGCAGCAGCGCGAGCGCAGGAACACACAGCUAGAGUUGCAGUACAAGAGCAUGCAGGGUGCCAUGUCCUUGCUGCAAGAGCUCAGCCCUCGGCUAUUCGAGGCUGCCAACGCCCCCGAGAAGGGCAAGCGCUUCCCCAUGGAAAUGAAGGUGCCCACCGACUUCCCUCCGGACACGCCAUGGCACUACCACUUUCGCAAGUGA